AUGGUGAUUAGAAGAGUCAACACGCUAACAUUGAAUUUUAAAAAUGUUAGGAAGAAACCAUCGAAUACAAAUCUGCAUAUGUGGAUUAAAAAUGUGCUCAAAUGUACGGUGGAUCAAAUAGUGGGAAUCCAGUUCGAUCAUGUCAAGCACAAAAUUUUCCUGAAGCUGGUAUCCAAUUGGCAGAUGCAGGCAAUCCUACAAAAGUUCAAUGAUGGUAUUGUUAAAUACGUAGAAGAUGGAGAAGAGUUUGAUGUCUACAUAACCGAAGAUACCGAUGAUAUACUCAUAAAAAUUUUCGACUUCCCUUUGGAACUCGAAAAUAAUAAAAUCAAGGAGAAAAUGUCACAGUACGGAGUUGUGAGGAGUAUGAGAAAAGAAAAAUAUGCUGAAGAAGGUCUAUUCAAUGUGGAAACCGGAAUUCGAUCGAUGUGGAUAUCAAUGAAAAAACCAAUUCCAUCGUAUAUUACCAUAGAGGGGUGUACCUCUCUGAUAACAUAUGCCAAUCAGCUUUCACAAGAUAUAGAAGUGAUAGUAAACAAUGAAGAAGUGCAUCAUGAGGAGGAGGAAAAGGAAAAAAGUGGAGAAAGUUUGGAUUCAGAGUUAGAAAGUGAGACUAUUGGUGAUAUCAUUUCACCUACACCAAAGUGGCAAGAAGUUAAAACGAAAAAUACUGGACUGAAGAAAAAGAAGCGAGAGGAAAUGGAAACGAGUUCUGAAGAAGAGAGAAAGGUACCAAAACUGACCAUCAAACUUCCACCUAAAGCCGGAAGGAGCUCAAAUGGUAACGAGAAACCACAUGAAGGAAAUUUUGGAAAUAUUGAUAUAGGCGAAAGGUCAUGGAAAAAAGAUCCAUUUUUCUGA